UGUCAAAAACCGACAUUGACAAUUUUGACCAAAACGAUUAACACAAAAAAUCCCGGAGGGCCAGAAAGGCCAGAGCUAUAAAAACAAGACAGGCGUGCAGUCUAGGCCAUUGGACAUUUAAUAGCAACCGAAACAAAAUCCCUAGAAACCCAGAAAACCCAACCACAACAACACCACAAACCCCUCAGCGGAUCGCCAAUCGCCAAUCGCCAAUCUCCAAUCGCCAUGUCAGGAGGACCCAUCACACAGGACUGGGAGCCCGUGGUUAUCAGGAAGAAGGCACCCACCGCCGCCGCCAAGAAGGAUGAGAAAGCUGUCAACGCUGCUCGCCGCUCUGGCGCUGAGAUCGAAACCCUAAAGAAAGCUACUGCUGGGACCAAUAAAGCUGCCUCCAGCAGCACUACCUUGAACACAAGGAAGCUCGAUGAGGAAACAGAGAACCUUGCUCAUGAACGUGUGCCAAGUGAGCUGAAGAAAGCUAUUAUGCAAGCUCGAAUGGAUAAGAAGCUUACCCAGUCUCAGCUUGCUCAAAUUAUCAAUGAGAAGCCUCAAGUGAUCCAAGAGUAUGAAUCUGGGAAGGCUAUUCCAAAUCAGCAGGUAAUUACCAAGUUGGAGAGAGCUCUUGGAGCGAAACUGCGUGGAAAGAAAUAAGUAAUCCAGGACGGAAAAUGAAUCUCAGCUGGGAUUUAUGAUUUUAAGUUUGAACUCUGAUGUAUUUGCACUUAAAUCUGUAGCUAAAGUUUGAACUAAUAUGCUGCACCUCAUUCUGUAGUUAUCUUCCAAAGGUCGUGUGUUUGGUGCAGUAAGUACUUGUGUUUUCUAAGAAUAUUUCAUCAAAUGACGAGUUCGCAAACAAUUUCAACUAAAAAAUAAGUAUCUA